ACGUGGUUAUCCCGUGAUUAGCGCCGGACUGCGAUUAGGGCUGCGGAUCGGCGACGUGCUCCUCCUUCCUGCCCGCUCGCCAUUAGAUUGAGAACACAAGUUGGGAGACCGCAUCGCCUUCUUACUCAUCGUCCCAAAGAGACUCGUGUUCCCAGAUGGAUCCCGCGCCUGAUCCACUCCCCGUGGAGAUGAAGUAUGUCUCCAGCGUCCAAGAGCUGGAGGCGCACUGCGCGAAUCGCGAACCCAAUCAGAUCUCCUUCCGCUUUCGCACGUCCUUGCCUCUCAUAUCCAGCGACCGACUCAUGAUCCUAGUCCAACCGGGAAACUCUGGUUUCCGCGUCCACAAUUGACAGCUUCUCUACUGCAAACGCAAACGCAAGACUCUGGUUUUGAGAAACUCAUCCAAGGCUCUGUCCGGGGCUCCGUCGCUCAGAUCGACGAUGCCAGAAUCUGUAUCAACGAGCUCAACAGACUCCUGCGCAGCGCCGACAUGGACAUGCUGCCGCGAGGCACAGACCCUUCAAAUCGUGCAAAGCCAGCUUGUCACCUCGGGUCUCCACUGCCGCCGGCGCUUAUCGAAUAUGACCUCCAGUGCACAGAUGAUGACAAGGCGACCAUCCAUGACUCGUCUCGGAGAGCACUGUGGAAUCUUAAUCUGAAGGCGCAAAAAUUGAGGGAGGGAUUGUUGUCUGAGCAUGCUUAUUUAAUGAAUAGGAACUUAGGAGAUCUCAAGAAGGAGGCCAUGGAAAGUCCUACUGAUGUUGGCUCUGGAUACAUCGAUUUCAGAUUUCUCCAUAGCUCGGACCAACCCAAUUAUCUUGACUAA